AUGUCAGAGAUUGAAGCCAAACUCGAGAUGAGGAAACUGAAACCCGAAGAGACACCACAGUCGCUAGCACAAGAAGGUUAUAACUCUUCAGCAUACAGAUAUCUCGACUGGAAUUCGUCACUCGAAGACGAUCCUCGUGUGGAAUGGUUGCAGAAGCUCUUCGAUCGUCUCUGGGAGAAUGGCGCACUAGAUUUGUCAACGACAAAAGCUCUUGAUCUAGGCUGUGGUGCCGGAUCAUCAACACUGAAACUUGCUCAGACCUGUACACACGUUGUUGGAGUUGACAUCUCUUCAGCACAGCUAGAGCUAGCGAAGACGAAGCUGAAGGACGCCGGUGUGCCAUCAGACAAAUACGAAUUGCUGGAAGCAGAUAUGAUGACCCCUGAGUUUGCGGAUGGCUGUUUUCAUGCCAUCUGUGCCUUCUACAGCAUAAUCCAUCUGGGUCUGAACGAUCAGCGGACACUGCUAGAGCGGAUAUAUGCCUGGUUAGAACCUCGAGGGUUGCUGCUGUUCAAUACUGCUGCUCAAGCUAGCGCAGCGGAAGGUGAGGUUAUGGAAGGUUGGCUAGGCAUGAAUGCAUUCUGGGCAAGCUUUGGUCAGAAAAGAGUGCUUGAAGUGGUGCAGGAGAUUGGUUUCGAGACGGUUGACAGCGAUGAAAUUGAGGUUGAAGGUGAUUCUGAUUUCACCUGGAUCAUUGCGAGGAAGCCGGCGUCAAAUUGA